AUGGUGCCCUCUUGGACCACCGGCCUUCUCCUGCUGGCCACCGUCAGAGGGAAUGAGAUCUGGUAUGGACCCCUCGGCUGCUCUUUUGAUGAGAAACCAUGGACCCCGAUCGUCCAGGAGCUGUUCAAGUUAUUUCCCAGCACCCCCAAGGACAUCAACACCCGCUUUCUUCUGUACACAAAUGAAAAUGCGGACACCUACCAGCUGGUCACUGCCACUGACCUACCCACCAUCGAGGCAUCAAACUUCCGACGGGACCGCAAGACGCGUUUCAUCAUCCACGGCUUCACAGACACCGGGGAGGACAGCUGGCUGUCGGGCAUGUGCAAGAAGAUGUUUAAAGUGGAGGAGGUGAACUGCAUCUGCGUGGACUGGAAAGGUGGGUCCCGGGCGCCGUACCCCCAAGCCGUCCAGAACAUCCAGGUGGUGGGGGCGGAGGUGGCGCUCCUCCUACAGGCGCUCUCGGGGGAGCUGGGCUGCGCCCUGGAGGACGCGCACCUCAUUGGCCACAGCCUGGGCGCGCACGUGGCCGCGGAGGCGGGCAGGCGGCUGGGGGGCCGCGUGGGCAGGAUCACAGGGCUGGACCCCGCAGAGCCCUGCUUCCAGGGCACUCCCGAGGAGCUCCGUCUGGACCCGUCUGAUGCCCUGUUUGUAGAUGUGAUUCACACGGAUUCUGCGCCCAUGGUUCCCUUCCUCGGCCUGGGAAUGAGCCAAAAGGUGGGCCACUUGGAUUUCUAUCCAAAUGGAGGAAAGCAAAUGCCUGGAUGUCAGAAAAAUAUCUUUUCACCCAUCACUGAUAUAGAUGGAAUAUGGGAAGGCACCCGCGAUUUUGUGGCUUGCAACCACCUAAGAAGCUACAAGUAUUACUCGAGUAGCAUCCUUAACCCUGACGGCUUCCUGGGCUACCCGUGUGCCUCCUACGACGAGUUUCAGGAGAAUGGCUGUUUCCCUUGCCCAGUGGAAGGAUGCCCCCAAAUGGGGCACUAUGCUGAACAGUUUAAGGGGAAAACCAGUGCUGUGGGACAGACCUUUUUCCUGAACACAGGAGACAGUGGUAACUUCACCCGUUGGAGAUAUAAAGUAUCGAUCACACUCUCUGGGGAAAAAAAGGUGAGUGGGUGUGCCAGGAUUGCUUUGUACGGAAGUAAUGGAAACUCAAAACAAUAUGAGAUUUUCAAAGGAUCCCUCAAACCAGAUGUAAGUCAUAUGCGUGAGAUCGAUAUGGACCUCAAUGUUGGAAAAAUCCAGAAGGUGAAGUUCCUCUGGAAGAACGAUGUGCUAAAUCUUUUCUUGCCCACGCUGGGGGCUUCCCAAAUCACCGUGCAAAGUGGUGAAGAUGGGACUGAGUAUAAUUUUUGUAGCAGUGACACUGUGCAAGAAGACGUUCUACAAUCUCUUUCCCCUUGUUAA